GCAGUUAUCAGCCGUUGUAGGGUCUUGCGCAACCUACAGUUUCGCUCAUUUUAAAGGAGGUAUUGCCCAUUUUAGAAAGAGAAAUUUGCAGUGCUUCGAUAAUCACAGAAAUGACAGAAGAAGAGAAGCAACAGGCAAGGAGCAAAUUUUUCUCCAGAUCAGGAAUACCCAACGUAAUUGGCUGUGUUGACGGAACACAUAUUGCGAUUUAUGCCCCCACCGCAAAUAGACACCUCUAUCUAAAUAGAAAAGGCUUUUUUAGUAUAAAUGCUAUGAUUGCUUGCGAUCAUGACAUGAAUAUCCGGUUUGUGGAUGCUAGAUAUGCUGGUUCUACACAUGAUUCGUUCGUGUGGAACAAUAGUUCAUUAAAGACUUAUUUGGAGAAUAUGCAUCAAAGUGGCGAUCAUAACUCUAUUUAUUUAGGUACUUUAAAUUUGUUACAUCGGCACAAAAUUAAUGUAAAUACUAUUUUAAAACAAAAACUACUUAUUUAUAGGUGAUUCCGGAUAUCCACUUAGUCCUUAUUUACUAACACCCUUCCGCCAUGCAGACUCUGGAACUAGGGAGUCAAUUUUUAAUAAGAAGCACGCGAAAGCUAGAAACGUCGUUGAACGUACGAUCGGAGUUUUGAAAUGUCGCUUUCGAUGUCUCCUGAGUGAUCGAAAAAUGCGCUACGAUCCUGCUAAAGCAACAUCCAUUAUAAAUAUUUGUUGCGCUUUCCACAAUAUUUGUAAGAAAUUUAGAAUCAGUGAUCCAGAAGAAGCUGAAAUUUUUAUUGACACCGUUGUAUCAUCAGAGCCAAUCAGUGAAGAUGCCAAUAAUACAUCAGGAGAGCGCCGCAGAAGGCAAAUAGCUGAUGCGUUGUUGUAAAAUUAAUUGCAGUUCGGUUUAUUGAAUAAAUUCAAAAUCAUUUACCUUACUUUUGUUCCUUUUAUUUCAUUUCUACUCAUUCUACUUCAAAAUUCUUUAUUAUAUACAUGUUAAAUUAAACCUAAUUGUUUCUAUGCUCUUAAACUUAAUAAAAAUCACAAGUUGAAUUCAGUACCUUCAUCAAAAAUUAAACUUAAAACUAAUU